AUGGAAGAAGUCGAAGAAUAUUUGAAAUGGUCUGAUGUGAUUUACAUUGACAGUGAAAAAAGGUUGAUUUACACCGGCCAUGGUUGUUCGCGCAUACCAGCAUUAUUUGUUGAAAUGUUUUCAAGAUCUCUUCUCAAAAUGGAUUUGACCGACAACAAAAUACAUUCCUUAGAAGGACUUAGUAAAUUUCAAGCAUUGGAGGAACUAAUAUUAGAUUCUAAUAAUUUGGACGACAAUUUUGUAUUACCUCACCUGCCAAACUUACGGACAUUGUCUCUUAACAAAAAUAGGUUGCGAAAUUUAGAAUCAACUGUGACAAAAUUAUCAAAAUCCGCGCCUUCUCUUCAUUAUUUGAGUUUGCUUGGAAAUUUGAUCUGUCCUGAUCAAUUGAGUGAUCCAACAACAGACGUCCAAGAUUAUUUUCGUUAUAGGUGUUACAUAGUACAUCAUUUACCAAAAUUAUUAUUUUUGGAUUGGCGGGCUGUAUCAUUAAACGAAGCAAAGGAAGCAAAAUUGCGAGGUCAAUUUAUGCGGGUCAGAAGACCUGAGCCUAAUCAUGAAAUCACAAAUAAAAACGAUUUUAGUGAUGUCUUACAUUAUUCUCCGUUACCUAAAACCGUCCAUAGAAAAAAAGGAUGUACUUACAGAAAAUAUUCUCAGAAAUAUAUAGGACGAAAUUCAGAGGGUAACAAGUACAUAAAAAACAGUGAUCUUUAA